AUUUUAAAAGAUAAAUUUUCUUGGCAUUGACUUUUAAAUCAUAGACUUAAGUAUCAACAUUAAAUGCUGUCAAAUCUUACUUUAAAAAUUACAAGCCAUGUGGCACGUGACACACAAGUUAUGCUAUAUUUUCAAAAUUCUAAUUUUGUAAAUCUAUCUUAUUAUCAUCGACCCAUGAUUCAUUUUAUUUAUUAGAUAUCAUUAAUGAAAUAUGUUAUUGCUAAAAUAUCGGCAUUAUUAUUAAAAUAUAUUUAGAAUACAAGAUUGAAUGUCCUAAAUUGGGUUAAUUAAAAUCUUUAAUAAACGAAAUAUAAAUGCAUAUCAUAGCAUGUUAUGAAACCAUAGCAAUUUUAAUACAAUGGACAAAUGGGAACUACUAACAGAAAUUUUGCAAAAACAAUAUUUGUGCUCUGAUUGUGGUCAAGACAAAAACUUAGAUUAUUGGCUUGUUAUAAAUAAAGGAGUAUUAGUUUGUGACCAAUGUGCCUUGAUCCAUGCAUCCUUAGGUAGACAUGUGUCAGUUAUUAAAUGUCUUACAUACCCACCUCCAAUACAAUCAUUAUCUAAUAUUCAAAAUGUUUCAAACAAAAAUGGACAAGAUUGUCAACACUAUCACAUUUCAAAGGAUGUUAUUGAAGACAGAUUUUAUUGGAGCAUUCAGGAACUAAAACUACUUAAGUACUUUUUAGAGCAUACUGGGGCUAUUAAUAGUCUAUGGGAAGGAAAAAAACAAGAAAAUCAUUUCAAAACCUUGCCAAAUUUAUUAUCACAAAACCAAGAUGUGUUAUCUAUCCAUUCUGACUGUGAUAAUCCCUAUACUAACCCUAAUUUUUAUUACCCUGACAGUGAUCAUGAAACAAUCACAUUAGAUCAGGGAGAAAUUAUAUGUGAUAAUCAAGAUAGAAUCUUUGAAUAUCAUGACAAAGCUGUACAAAUAAAUAUUGGCAGCUGUGCUAGUUUAGCUAAUGGGUUCAUCACAAAUGAAAUAACAAAUACUACAGAUAGUUGUUAUAGUGCCGAUAAUAUCAACUCAGAUAAUGUGCAAGAAAUAGAUCUCAAUUCUCCUUUCAAAAUUUUCAAAGUUAACCCAUUAUUCAUGGCUCCUCACAAUAAAACAAAUGAAUUGACCCAUAAAAUUGGUGGAUAUACAAUAAGCAACACCAGCAAAAGGGCUUAUCAAAUACCUAAACCCACUCCAAGUGAUCCUAUUAUGCCUAUCAAAUCAGAUUACAUACGCUCAAAGUAUCAACUUAUGACCUAUUUUGAUGACCAGCUCAAACCUGAUACCCUUACCUUAAAUGGCAACCCUAAAGAAGUUUUCGAUUUUUUAAAUGCAAGCCUGCUUAAGACUGUCAGCACAGCAUGCUUAGAGGACACUAUAGCGCUUUUGGUUUUGGGAGCAGAUCCUAACACUAUAUAUGAAUUUAAUGAAGAAAAACGAAAUUUUACAUGCCCAUUAAUAGAAGCUAUAAAAGCAAAUCAACAACUUCAAUGUUAUAUACUCAUCUUUUAUGGUGCCCAUUCUGAUCCCAUAUUUGAUCACGAUUUUAAUAAUAAUGAAAUCAAUGGAAUUUUGGUUGAUAAAUUAAAGGCCGAAAUAAUAAAGGAAAUAAAUUUUCACUUAACUGAUACCCUUUACCAAUACCGUGCUUUACCAUCGUUUAGUAGCAUCCCUCAAAAUAUUUCACCCAGUCAUGAUACAAAUAAUUUCAAAGAUGUUAUGAAUCACGACGAGCACACCAAAGACGCCUUUUGUAUUAACGUUAAAUUAUUUUUAUCAGUUCUUAACGAUUCAAUUUUUUACAAGCUAAUGCAAGAUGUUUAUGAAGAGAUAAGAAGGAGGGAGACAGAUUACAUUUUCUCACUAAAUUACACUUGUAAUGAUGACACGGAAAUUAAUAUAACUCACAAUGCUACAUGUCUCCCAAUUAACCCCCAACUAUCAACCCAACGCAAUCAGGGCAGGCAAAAACUGGCCAGACUAACCGAAUGGAAGUUAAAAGUACUUACCCAAAAUAUUUUGGAAGAGCUAGUAAAACGACAGCCAGCUAUAUACAAUGAGAGGUACGAAUCCCUUAAGUAUUACAAAAAUUUAAUUAAAAGUGAUAAAAUCUAUGAGCCAUCAGAUAAAAAUAGCGAAAAUCGGGAUACUGAGUGUAAAAAGGACGGACUCAAAAUUUUGGAACACGUUAACGAUAAAAAACCUUCAUUAGCUAAUGACAAUUCACCUGACGAUAGUGUAGACCUGCCUUGUAAUCUCAAAUCUGAUUGGGAGAAUAUUCAUAACCUUAGCUCACAGAUGUAUGCACUUGAGAAAAUAGUAAAAGAUUCAAAUAGUAGUUCCCAUAACACAGAUCAAUUACUCUUACCUACUGUUAGAGAACUCAAAUCUUUAAAAAUGGCAUUUGAAGAUUAUCGUAAACAAACGGACGCCAACCUGAAAAAUUUGUACAAUAUUAUUGUACAUUUGAUAAACAAUCUUUCCGAUACUUCUAAAUACAACCUUGAAUUGGAUCGUGAUCAUAGCUUUUCUAAUGCAAGAGAUAAAGAAAUUUUAAUUUCGAAUCCUAUUUUAAAUAACGACAUGCUAAUGGCCAAUUGUCAAGGCCAUUCAAUUGAUGAAUCUAAUGUCCCUGUUACCAUGCACAAAAAAACUUUGGCGAAAUUUGUGUCAGAUAUGUCUAGACGCCUCAAAUCCAUUGUAUUAAUAAUUGAUAAAGAGUUACCUAUCGAAACGUCAUGCGAAUAUAACUACGAAACUAUCGAGAGUUUCCUAGAUCGGUUAAAUAAUGAUGCUAACGAAAUAAGUGCCACUCUUCAAACGGUUACGAUCGAACAUUACCAUUCCUUUUUAGAAGAAUUGAAUCUCCUAUCUAAGAAUCGAGAGGAUUUAGAUUCACUAAAUAAUAGCCCCUCUCAAAGCGUAAAACUAGGUCUCUCACUAGCUGAACGUUUUUCUAUUUUAUGGAAAAACUUGAUGAUUGCUACCAUAAAUUUGAAAACAAAUAUAAUUGAGUUUAGUAAUUAUAUGAAUAAAAGUAUCAACCAAAAUGAACAAUCUGAUUCAAAAAUUAUAUCUACUGGCCAAGGUGGACCUGCAGAAAAUCCUAAGUCUUUGACUCAAAAUAUUGGCAUGGACAGCGAUUCAGAGAAACAACCUAAAAGAGACGAAGUAUUAGACAGAAGUCAAAUUUUGGAAUCAAUAUAUGAACUUGCUCAAAUAUUUAAAGAAUUACAUUUCCAUUUUUUGUCAUAAUUUGAUUUUAGUUAAUAUCACAAUGUGCCAAAUACUUUUUAUAAUUUAUUUUUAUUUAUACAUUUUUUAUAAAUAUUUUUAGCUUUAUAUAAAAUAAUUAUAUUUUUUUUAUUAAAUAAGAAAUAUU